GUUUCAUCCUGUGUGGUGUCCUUGCUGUAGGCUCUACAGGUGUCAUCUUUCGUAGGCUCCACGUGUCAUUUGAACAUCUUGAAUAACGUCGUUAAGAUACGACGUUGUUUUAUUUAUACACUUCAACGGAGCAAAUUAAUCAUUUUGGGAAGUGAUUACCUACAACAAUCUUAUUGUAGGCUCUAUGUGUGUCAUUGACUGUAUUUGAAAUUUAAACAUAAAUUUGGUUUAAAAUUUAUGUGCCAACACCCAAUGUUUUUACUUAUAAUGCAUUGAUCCAUGCACACACAAAACGAGGCAAAAUUGUUGAAGCUCAUUCUCUAAAGAAGGAGAUGCUCGUAAAUGGUCUUUCUCCUGAUUUGGUCACUUAUAAUCUGUUGCUAGGUGCUGCUUGUGAUGUUGGACACAUUCAUUCUGCACUCCAAUUACAUGAUGAAAUACUGAGGACAGGUUAUGAUCCAGACAUCAUAACUUAUACCGAGCUCAUUAAAGGUUAUUGUAUGAGAGGUAAAGUAAUGGAGGCUGAAAAACUUUUUGCCAAGAUACGGAGGUCUGGUUUACCCAUUGAUCAUGUUCCAUUUCUAAUACUCAUGAAAAAGUACUGCAAGAUGAGAGAUUUUAACAAGGCAUUUGACCUUUAUCAAAUAUGGCUUGGAAGGGACAAAUAAGUGUUUGCGUUUGCCAAUUAUUAAUGCAUGGAUUGUGAUGAUAGUCAGCUUCUGGAAAAUGAUGCCCCAUAAUGGAAUGUUUGUUGCUGACCUUGUAUCUAAGGGACUGUUCAGGAAUUUCUAUGAAAAACUUCAGGCUGAGUUGAUGCUUGUUACUUUGUCCUGUUCUCCCUGGUUUCAGAAAAGGCUUGUGGUUUCUUCACAGAGGGAGAAGGCCACACAAGUGGUAGUCCAACCCAGUCGUAUCCUCAGCUGAUUCAAUUGAUUGAGUUUGUAAAACAUGGCCUAAAUUUCAAGAGUUAUGAUGGUGGUAGUUUUCUGCUUUUUCAGUGGUUUCGUUUAAUAGCAGGUAUGUGCUUUCCAUUUUCAAUUUAUAUUUCAGCAUUUCAGAGUAUUUUAUUUUCACAUUAUAUAUUAUAGACUUGAAUGCAAAUAUUAGCUUGUAUAUAAUUUUAAUUUAAGAAAAAAUUAUUAAGUUUAAAGAAUCUGUACCUUGAGAUACCUUGUUUAGCAAUAGGCUAAUUGAUUGGAUCCACAAGUUAUUUGAAUUUUUAUGUAAUAGAUUAGUAUUCAGCUUACUGGAAGCAAGGUAUAUUAGAUUGUGGGAUAGUGUAAGCAUUUAAGGUUUUGAAGGAUGAAAUUUUGCAGUAUUGCGGAGGUAACGCUUAGGAUGACUUGUAGAUUUGGGAUAAAGCUUAAGUUUGGAGAGAUAUGAGGGGUGUGGUUAGGUUGUUUUGGAGGGGGGGGGAGGUGGAUUGUUGAGAUAUUGGAGGAGUGAUUAUUCCUCACCUGUGAAAUCCAAAAUAUUCAUAUUUUAUUUUCCUCUCCUAUGAAUAAAUCUAUUUUGAGAAAAUAUAUAAGCUUACUACAAAUUAGCAAGACAAAGGAAAGGGAUACCUGCUUGUUCUCUUCAGAAUGCUAAUCUCACAUUUUAGGGUUAUGCUAAUUUCACAUUCUAGGACCAUUAUCAGAAUUUAAAUUUGACACUGCUCAAUUUUGUCCUUUGAAGUAUAAUCCCAACUGGUUCAAUGCUUCCAGUUAAGUCUUAAACCUGAUCUGUUGAUGCUGAUGGUGCAGCAUAACUGUAAUCUGGCAUGUUUAUCCAGUCAUGAGCCUUUGACACAUUGUUGACCAAUUUCAGACUUGCAGUUGGUAUAUUUGAACCUUCUCAGACAAGGCUAGCAUGCAAAUGCAGUGACUGGAGGAACCUAAAACGGAAAAUCUUAAUCCUAAAAAUCAUUCUAGUGCAAUGUGUAGAACUCGUCGAGUACUAUAUGCUUGCAAAAAGUCACGGUGAUCGGAUAUCGAUAGCUAUAUGAUCGUGUUAGUUUUUUGUCAGCUGUUAACUAUAACACCAUCCAAUUUUUAUACAAAGUUGAUUUGAUCAUGUAGUUAGCGAUAUCUGAUCAACGUGAUUUUUUACAGGCAUAUAGUACUCGACGAGUUCUACAUAUUGAACGGUUCAAAUUAUCAAAACAAGACCGUGAUGGCCCCCACUGGCCUAUCAUUACCCUUCAAUUUAAUGAAUAUAUAUACCUAAUUUUCUUUUUUUUCCUUUGACAGCCCACUUUCAUCAGUUCAGUACCAAUCACGUCAACUGGUUGAUUUGUAUUAAAAUAUUAUGUAAAUUAAUUUUUUUAUAUUUUUAAUUUGUGAAUAGUGAUAAUUUUUUAACUUUUUUAGUAAUUUUUUGGCUAUUUGGCUUUUUUUUAGGAUGCCAAACCAGACCUCAGUCUCAUAGAUUUGGUUUUUUAUCUAUUGUUCGUAUUUAUUCUUCGAAAAUGCUUAUUUGUCGGUGUAAUGUUUGUGUUGAUGAUUUCACUUCGUUGUGCUGAUUUUAUGAUGUGCUGGUUCGAAUACACGAUCGCUGAAAUGUAGUAUUAAUUUUGGUGCUGUGAUUUGAUGAUUCUGUUAAUUUUGGUGUUGAUUUGAUGAUUUAUGAUGUGCUGGUUCGAAUACUACUAGUUGUUAUUUUGUUAAUUUUGGUGCUGAGAUUUGAAAUGUAGUAUUAAUUUUGGUGCUGAGAUUUGAUGAUUCUAAGAUUUGAUGAUUCUGUUAAUUUCGGCAAACUUGAGAGACGCCUCUAGGUGAAAUAGUUCUUGAUGUUUCCUUACAGAUACUUCUGCUACUAAUUAAGAGUCAAUGUGUUCAACAUUUGGCAGGCAACAUUCUUGUGGCCAUCUUUGAUUACAUUGUUGCAUCUGUAUGUGAAAAUUUGCUAACUGUCUGUUUAGAAAUGUGAUGGCUGUUGGUAACACCCUAUUUAGACACAUCUCAUAUUCCGAUUGGACCAGUUUUGACAUUACUACAAAAUCCAGUUUUCAAUAAUUAAUUGAUAGUCUCCACCCACUCUUCUGGAACCUACAUUUUAGAUACAUUUGAUUAAACGGUUGGAAACGUCAGGGUGAGGGGGUGGGGAACGGUUGUUGGUGUAUCGUUAUAGAAAGCAUUUUAACAUAUCAAAGUUUGCAUUAUUCCUAAAUUCCAGAUUGGAGAAACAAACUCAAACUUAACAGUGAUGCUAAGCGAAGCUUUUCCAUUAUUAUUGGAAAGCUCUUUUGCAUAAUUUGCAAAACUGUCUAUUGGCUUGUUUAAUGCAGUAAACUAAGCUUUUAUAAUUUUAUAAUGUUUCACUUUUUUGUUUGGGAGUAGUCGAGAAGAUGGACACCUGUGUUUGAUUUUUUGCUCCAAGGCCUUUUUAAGGAAUUUUGAUCCCUUUCAAGGGUUUGGGACUACCAAUGAUCUAUCUACCUAAAUAUCUAAAAUCAAGAUUUAUCCAUUUAGAAUUUUUUUGCAAAGACCAUGGGCAAAAUAAAGAUCAGAAUCAACAUUUUAGGAUUCAGAAGGAUCGGCCGUUUGGUGGCGAGAGUCGCUCUUCAGAGCGACAACGUUGAACUCGUCGCCGUUAACGAUCUGUUCAUUACUACUGAUUACAUGACCUACAUGUUUAAAUAUGAUAGUGUUCACAACCAAUGGAAAAAGAAUGAGCUUAAGGUUAAGGAUUCCAAGACCCUUCUCUUUGGUGACAAACCUGUCGCUGUCUUUGGUUCAAGAAACCCAGAGGAGAUUCUGUGGGGUGAGGUUGGAGCUGAAUAUGUUGUUGAGUCCAUGGGAGUUUUUACUGACAAGGACAAAGCUGCUGCACAUUUGAAGGUUGUCAUUUCUGCUCCGAGUAAGGAUGCUCCAAUAUUUGUUAUGGGUGUCAAUGAGAAGGAAUACAAAUCAGAUAUUGAUAUUGUUUCCAAUGCUAGUUGCACUACCAACUGUCUUGCUCCAUUGGCGAAUGUUAUUAAUGACAAAUUUGGCAUUGUCAAAGGCCUUAUGACCACAGUGCAUUCAAUUACUCGUGCGACAACACAAAAGACUGUUGAUGGUCCAUCAAUGAAGGACUUGAGAGGUGAAAGAGCUGCCUCUUUUAACAUUAUCCCUAGCAGUACUGGAGCUGCCAAGGUCGUAUCAGCAUCGUUGGAGAAAGGAGUUUGGGAAGGCAGGAUGUUGUUACAUGAUUGGCUUGUAAGCCUCGCAGCUCAGUAUAAUGAUGCUUGUAAAGUUGUUUAGUAUGAGCAUGGAAAUUCAACAACUUCUCACAUUGAUGUCACAUUCUCGCAAUGCCCACAACUGCAGCCUUUACCUUGCUUAGUUUUUGCUUUGCUUCAUAAUCCUCUUCUCCGUUUCCAUGAGGAAGGAAUUCACCCUGACUACCGGAUAUACCUGCAAUGCCUUUUCAGGGCCAGCCUUGUCCUAUAAAGCAUCGAGAAAAUGAUCAUAUGGUGUUUUUGCCUUCUAUUGCUGAUCUUGAAGCUCACAUUGCUGAAUCUUAUAAGAUCGUCUCAGCUUCAUAUGGGCCUUUUAAGAGCAAAGCUACAGAACAAGUAGGAUAGAUCAACAUGGUUUUCCUUCAUAUUUAAAACAGUAUUGAAUAAGUUACAUAAAACAUGUAGGUUUGCCUUGCCAUCUUAUCUUGAGUGCUACCCUCUAUUUUUGCUUAAUUUCUUAUGAUUGACUAUGAAUUAUAUAAAACAAAUUGAGAAAUCAGGAAGAUAAGAUGCAUAAUUGUUCAUUUUGAGAUGUUUACCUGUGCUACUUCUAUAUACUAGUAAUCUAUUUGUGAUCAAGUUUGCAUAAUCUGAAAUAUGGGACACUGACCUUUCAUAGCGCUAAAUUGGUGAUGAAAAUUAUUAUUGUUUCUUUCACUUUGUGUUAAUCCCACACUAAUAUAAAAAAUGAGGAAGUGAACUUUCAAGACAUUACACUGUUGGGGCAAAUCGUUAAACAUAACUUAGUGAGAGUCAAGAGACCAAUGUUGAAUGGAAGCAAAUUAAACAAUGUUGAGCUCAACUAUGAACCAUGCAAGGUCGUGCAAGCUUGCAUCGAUUUGAAGCUUGUGAGCUCUCUGCUAGAUUUUGAAUGCCAUUUCAACGAAGCCAUUGAAAAGAAGAUGCGAUAAGUUGAGUUGGUUUGUUAUAUAGGUAGAUAUAACUCCAAUUACAAUCUGUUCAUUGAAUAUUUGAAUGCUACAAACAAUGCUUAUGACACUAGCCUUAUAAAUUGGAAAUGAUACUUUUGAAAUCUCUAUCAGUUUAUGAUAUACAAUCAAGAUAUUACAUACUAAUGAGUCAGAGCAUGGUAUUUGUUUGUUA